AUGUCAGAAAAAAAAUCAAUAAAUAUGACACAUGAUUAUAAAUUUCAAUCUGCACCUAAUUUUUAUACAGGAGAAUUUGGUUGUAUUAGGGUUUAUGAAAAUAAUAAUAGACAUCUUCAUCAUUAUUUAUCCACUCCAUCUAUCACCUCAACUUAUGUUAAUUCCAAUAAUACCAUAUUCCCUGAUUGUCGUAUUACUAAUCGCAGUUUAUCAAAAUACGAUCAACUUGAUUUAGAUGUUGCACGAUCAUUUCUCAAUGUCCCAUCGGACGCCAUUUCUUACGUGUCAAUUCCCAUGCACAAUGACUGUAAUCGAAUGAUGAUGUUACCAUCAUAUACCACAACGACAUCAGGACCAACACUGCAAUCAUCAGGGAAGACAACAUUAACACAAAGUCCAUUACCAUUACCGUUUAGUACAGGAUUAACAUCUACUCAACUACCAUUUCAGACUACCCUUGUACCAAACCAAAUAUCUUAUCCAUUAGCUAUCAGUGAUGCAUAUUCUUCAAAUCUAACUUUACCAUCUUACUCCGAAGUUGGUAAAGUUGGAUAUCCAGUCAAUACAAAUAUUAUGCCAAUGUACUACGAUUUAAUCAUUGAUACCGUUACAGAUUAUGAUAUAUUUUACCCUGUUGCUCAACAAACCGAAAGAUACGAUUAUAACCAAAAUGAUGAUCAUGUAGCUUCAGAAUCAACCAGAUCCGACAUAUAUUUAAAUGGGCGUGUAAUUAAUAAUAAUGCAUAUGGAUGUGAAAAUAAUUAUUCUAAACAACAACAAUUAGUAUCUGGCGACCCAUAUCAAGAUGGAUCACCUUUUUUCAAUAAUGACUACGACAAUAAACCAGACUUUUCAUAUCCACGAUAUAGUGUGCAACGUUUAGAUGAGCUUACUGCCUCGAUGCAUUUUCAAGAUACAAACUAUGACGGAUAUGAUAAUAAUAAUGUAAAUCCAUUCUCUGAUAUUACAAAUACGCAUUUCAAUGAAUCGAGUGAAAAAUAUCUUCUUAGAGAAGAUGACUACCAACAAUCACAACUGCCACAAACAAUACCCCUAGAAAAACCACAAUUGUAUGAUCGGUUAGUUCAAUCAUCGAAAAACGUUCGAUUUAAUGAUACUCCCUCGUGGAUACUGCUCUCUCAAGAAGCAGAAAAUCUUCAAGACCAGCACGAAAAAAUUCAUUACAAAUCUUCCAUUAGGUCACCUCAAUCUGUCAGUAAUAAUGUCAUUUGUCGGAGAAACCUGCCCAGCGACUAUCCUCUAAGUAAUCAAUACUAUUUCCACAAUAAUAAUGAAACAUCAACUGAUCACUCUCGUUAUCCAUCAUCAACAGAAGAAAAAACCAUUCUAUCAUCGAAUGUACGUUACAUAUACAGGCCAUUUUUUUGGUUUAGACCUGUUACCGAUCAAAACAUGGGUAUUUGUAUUCCUCACACUAGACCUACGUUACAUGCUUCUUUAACUGGUCCACAUAUGAAUAAAACUUAUAUGAACAAUAUUUACGUAUCGAAUGACGUUCGAUUUUAA